ACUUAAAUGCAACACAACAAAUAACUCGUUACGAAAUUUAAAACCUCGUGAUUCUUAAGAGGGAGAGAGAAAUCCAAAGCCGAUUGAGAUAAUGACUGCUCCAGUAAUGGUGACCAAAGGAGGUGGCUGCGGUGGUGGUGGCAGUGGUAAGAAGCGACGAGCUAAGAACUCCGAGGAAGAGCAGCAGCAGAACCAGAUUUCCGUUGCGGCGUUGCUUUUAGCCGCUUUAAGGAAAUCCAUGGUGUCCUGUCGUGUUGAUGGAGAAGAUGAAGCGAUGCAUUCCGCCGUUAAUAACAUGGAAAUCGGGUGGCCAACCAACGUACGACACGUAAGCCAUGUUACCUUUGAUCGCUUCAAUGGGUUCUUGGGUCUUCCCCUUGAAUUCCAAGUUGAGGUACCGGGUCGGGUUCCAUCCGCUAGUGCGAGUGUGUUUGGGGUCUCAGCGGAAUCAAUGCAAUGCUCAUUGGAUCCAAAAGGGAACAGCGUCCCCACUAUACUGUUGCUGAUGCAGGAGCGGCUUUAUUCACAAGGAGGGCUUCAGGCAGAAGGGAUUUUCAGGAUAAAUCCUGAGAACAGCCAAGAGGAGCUUGUAAGAGAUCAGUUGAACCGUGGCAUUGUGCCAGAUAAUAUCGAUGUUCAUUGCCUUGCAGGCCUUAUCAAAGCCUGGUUCAGGGAGCUUCCUGCAGGUGUGUUGGAUGGACUUUCCCCAGAACAGGUUCUUCACUGCGAUAACGAAGAGGAGUGCGUUGAGCUCGUGAAGCAACUGAAGCCAACGGAAGCCGGAUUGCUCAAUUGGGCAGUCGACCUUAUGGCAGAUGUCGUGGAAGAGGAGGAAACGAACAAGAUGAAUGCAAGGAAUAUUGCUAUGGUUUUUGCACCAAAUAUGACUCAGAUGUCCGAUCCGUUGACGGCUCUGAUGCAUGCUGUUCAAGUAAUGAACUUGCUCAAGACCUUGAUCAUGAAAACGCUACGAGAACGAGAAGAGACCGCGAGUUCAUCUCGUUCAUUCGAUCAUCACACAGACGAGGAGUUCGAUUGUCGUAGUUUAGAUGAGAUGGAUAUGAGCUGCGAAGGGCCUAUAUCUGAUUACGAUAAUUCCCUUUACGGUAACUAUAGCGGAGAUGACGAGGAAGACGGAGUAGAGGCAUUCGGUGAAAUAGAGGAAUGCUUCUUGAGGCAACCGGAGGAUGAGAAUAACAAGGACGCCACCUAUAGUUUUCUGGAGAAACCAUCUGAUGAAUCACAUACUAGUACUCCUCCAGGAAGUUGGACGGGCUGCAAUCUCGAGUCCAGCAUUUCAUUUACCGAUAGCAAGAACGAGAAUUCGGGCUCAACUACAAGUGAUGGCGAGGACAAUGAUGGUGUGGAUAUGAUGGACAAACUAGUCGAGUCUACAACACUCAACGUUAUUUAGAACAAUACCGACAUCCUUUCGAUCACAGUUGCUUUGGUAAAUCGAUAAAGUUGGGUUUUGGUUGAAAUUCAGGUAGGGGAAGUAUUGGUUUUCUGGGGAUUGUUUGUUUGAAUCAUUGGUUCAGCAAGGGCUGAACUUUGUGGUGUGUUAGUGUUGUUUUCGGCAUGUCCCGGAAUUCUAACAUCGACUGGAUUAAGAUUGGAUAAAAUCGGGUCCGAUGUUAAUGUACUUGUAUAAUACAUCUAGGCAGAUGUGCAAAAUUAGGGAGUUAGAGGGAAAGGUGUAAUGUUUUAGAUAUGGUUGAUUUGUAGUGAAUAGGGGUCCAUCUAAAGUCAUUUAGAUUUGGUUGUGCACUAGCUAAUUUCAGUAUGUAAGUGUCUUAUAAUCUCCUUUCUAGCAAUCUAUAUGAUAAUAUAUGUUGUUGGGCUUUUUUUUUA